AUGUUCAAGGGGUACAAAGAACUCACUGACGACUCCGAGGCCUCCCCUCUCCGCCAAGACGACGCCGUCCACCAGUCAUUCGCCCAAUCCCGCGGAAUCCCCCUCCCAGCCGCCAUCAAACCUCACACCCACACUCUCCUCCCCCAAUCCGACCGCCACUCGAGUUCCCAACAUGAUCACAAAAACGAUGUCGAGUUGGAGGAACUGUUAUUGACGAACCCACAGACGGGGCUGACGAGUCAGCAGGCGGCGCAAAGGAUGAAUACGUUUGGACCAAACGAACUGACAGAGGUGAAGCGGAAUCCGGUGUUGAAGUUUCUGGGGUAUUUUGUGGGGCCGAUUGCGUUCUUGAUUGAGCUUUCGUGUAUCAUCUCUGCUAUUGUUCAGGAUUGGUUCAACUUUGCGACGAUUCUGGGCCUACUGUUUCUGAACGCGAUCAUCGGAUAUGUCGAGGAGGCGCGCGCAGAAUCGGCGGUUGACGCCUUGCGACUGACCUUGGCCCUCAAGACCCGAUGCUGGAGAGACGGUCAACUUCAGGAACUCGACACGACUCAAUUGGUGCCCGGCGAUAUUGUAGUUCUUCGGUUAGGCGAUAUUAUUCCAGCAGACGGCAAGCUUUUGGGGAUUGAUGCUUCGGGAGCCCCUGCACAGGGAGAUCUGUUGAUCGACCAGUCGUCGUUGACGGGCGAGUCUUUUGCGGUGAACAAGUCCAAGGGCGAGGAGGUCUAUUCUUCCACGGUCGUCAAGCAGGGCCAACAGCGUGCUAUUGUUACCAAGACUGGCAAGAACACCUUUAUCGGCAAGGCGGCUCAUCUCAUAGCGACGACUCAGGACGAGGGGCAUUUCCAGAAGGUCAUUGGCAAGAUUGGCAACUUUUUGAUCCUGUUCACACUGGUCUUGGUGACCAUUAUCAUCAUUGUCCAGUUUAUCAUGUUCAAGGGCACCGUCCGUGGAGAGGUCCUCAAGAUCUUGAACCCAGUCUUGAUUCUCUCGGUGGCCUCUAUCCCAGUCGGUCUUCCCUCGGUCAUGGCGGUCACGAUGGCGGUCGGUGCUAGGAGUCUGGCGGCCAAGCAGGUGAUUGUGAAGCGACUCGCUGCGGUAGAGGAGAUGGCCUCGCUCAAUGUGCUCUGCUCGGACAAGACUGGAACUCUGACGCUGAACGAGUUGACCUUUGAUGAGCCCUACCUUUCUGAAGGAUUCGCCCCCCAGGACCUGAUGUUGUACUCCUACUUGGCCUCGGAGUAUGGAGCCAAUGACCCGAUCGAGCUUGCGAUUCGUCAAGCAGCAGAGCGCCAGGUUCCAUUGUUGAGGAACCGGUUGUCGAACACCACCGUGCCCGGAUAUGAGAUCAGCAGCUUUGUGCCCUUCAACCCCUCCGACAAGUAUACUCAGGCGACGGUUCGGGAUUUGGAGAACGAUGUCACCUUCAAGGUCGCCAAGGGAGCCCCGCAGGUGAUUCUACAGUUGGUCGGUGGAGAUGAGAUGGCGCUCAGGGCUUCGGUUGUCAUGGCUCAGCGUGGUCUGCGGUCGUUGGGUGUUGCUAAGACGAUUGCUGGAUCGGACAAGUGGACUCUGGUCGGAUUGGCUGCCAUGUUGGAUCCCCCUCGCCCGGACUCUGCAGAGACGAUCAAGCGUUGCCAGCAUAUGGGAUUGUCGAUCAAGAUGGUGACGGGAGACCAGCAGAUUAUUGCCAAGGAGGUGUCGCGUCGCCUUGGACUGGGUGAGAUCAUUUUGGACGCUUCGCAUAUCUCGGAUGCCUCGAUGCGGGAUGAUAUUGGAUCUGAAAAGUUCAACAAUGCCGACGGCUUUGCAGAAGUCACACCCGAGCACAAGUUCAGGAUCGUGGAGGCUCUUCAACGUCAGGGACAGUUGGUCGGUAUGACGGGUGAUGGAGUCAACGAUGCUCCCGCGCUCAAGAAGGCCAAUGUCGGAAUUGCGGUCCAUGGAUGUACAGAUGCGGCUCGGUCUGCGGCCGAUAUUGUGUUGUUGGCGCCUGGGUUAUCGACGAUUGUCGAUGGACUGUUGACUUCGAGGGCUAUCUUCCAAAGGAUGCGGUCGUAUGCGCUGUACAGAAUCACUUCAACGGUGCAUUUCUUGCUUUUCUUUUUCGUGGUCAUCCUUGCCUAUGAUUGGACCCUCCCUGCCAAGCUGCUGGUUCUCAUCUGUAUCCUCAACGACCUUGCCUCCCUCGUCAUCGCCGUCGACAACGCCCAGAUCUCGUCGAAGCCAGACAAGUGGAGAGUAGGCCAAUUGAUUUUCCUCUCCUGCCUGUUGGGCAUCCUCCUGACAGGCCUCUCCUUCGGCCACUUCUUCUACUUUUGGAAAGUCCUCGGAUACUUCCCCCACCCAGAAGCGGACGGCGACAUGACCGUUGUCGACCGCAAAUUGGACUCGAUCAUGUACCUCCACAUUUCGUCCGCGCCCCACUUCCUCAUCUUCUCGACGCGCUUGAAGGGAUACUUUUGGCAGUCCAUGCCGUCGCUCAUGUUUACGAUCGUUAUUGUUGGAACCCAGGUUGUUGCGUUGUUGAUGGUUAUUUUUGGAUGGUUGACGCCCAAGGUGCCGGUGGGCGAGGCUUUGGCGGUGUUUGGGAUCUCGUUUGUAUCGUGCGUCGUGUUGGAUGUCAUCAAGGUCUUGGUGUUCAAGUACUGGACGCUUUGUGUGCCUGCGAGCCGGAGACGGAAGUUCUUGGAUCAGAAGCACUAA